AUGAAGGGUCGCCCAAUCGACCAGAUCGUGUACGAGUGCAUGUUUCCCAAGCCCAAAACAACGGAUCCUCAAAAUUUUCAAGGGCUUCUGCAACGUCAGCUCGUACCAGAAGUUCGACUGGAAACCCAGGCAUUCUAUGGCCAUCUCUCUUCACAAGAAGCCAAAUAUCCAGGACUGGAUUACUCAUAUCCACCACAUCGUGUACGACUCUCUCGAUACCAGUGGCACCGACGCCUAUUUCGUGCCUUUGACAAUCUCGGUCUGACGAAAUUUGAAAUCGCAAGCUUGACAAAAUGGGAAGGUACACGCUGGGCAAAAGACCGAUUCGAGAAAGAACAAGGGAUCGUGAUUCGGGAUUCUACUGGGGAUGGAAUUGAGGAUUGGGUAGAGCCAGAAUUACGCGUUGCGAGUACCCUACAAGCUCACCGUGUGGAUGUAGAGAACAUGGAGGACAUUCGAGAAAACGAAGGGAUCCAGAAUGACAUGGACGAGGAUGGAGAUGAUUCAGAUAUCGAGAUCCAGAGCGUAGGAAUCGAGCUGAACGAACGGUUGCGAGCAGCUGUUGCACAACGAGAGGCAGGAAAUUCGGCAACAGUGAUGGAUGAGGAGUGGGAGCAGUGGUUGAAGGAAGCUGCUGAAGCUGGGGGGUUGCCAUUUCUCACUUCAGAUCUUUCACCGAAUGCCAACAUUCCAGGUACAAGACCAGCAUCCGACCGCCAAACCUUGGAUCCUCGACUUCUGAACGCUGCGAGAUUAGGACAAUGGCAGAACAUUCCUGAUUUCCUGCACAACAUCGUCAGACAAAACCUGGAGGCCAAUAAUCGUCGGAUAGAAGAUUCAGCUAUCAGCUCUCCUUCCUCGGCGAAUCUUUCUCCUUCGUUCGCCUCAAGACCUCGCACCAGAGCUACCCCAACAUCCUCAAAUCCCACUAGACGACUCAAUCCAAGAAUGGUUUCAAGUCUAGACAACCAUUUCGCAGAACACUUUUCCCGGAGACCAGUUGUCCCACAGUCUACGGUUCGCCUCGAUUCCGAACCAUUCGCAGCCGAGGUUCGACUCCCAACAAUGAGCGCACAACCAAAUAAUGGAGCAUGA